AUGACCUGCUUUCUCUCAGUUGUGGGCGCUGUCGCCCUGGGUGUGGUUUUUCUCAAGGUUAUCAGCUUUGUCAAGAUCAACUGCCUGACAUCCCUUAACAUGAAGAAGCGCUACGGCAACGCUGGUGACUGGGCAGUUGUCACGGGCGCUAGCGAGGGUAUUGGCUACGCCAUGGCCCUCGACCUUGGUCGUCGCGGGUUCAACGUGUGCGUCAUUGCACGUACCAUGUCCAAGCUGGAAAAGGUCGUGGAGGAACUGAAGGAGUUCGGCGUGAAGGGCAAGGCCAUUUCGUUUGAUUUCGCUUCGGCAACAUCUAAGCAGUACGCUGAUCUGUUCGCAGAGCUCGACAAGAUUCAGAUUGCCGUGCUCGUCAACAAUGUCGGUGUUAACUACACCUACACCAACUAUUUCGACGAGGUAGAUCUUGAGACGGAGCUCCGCUUGCUGAAAGUAAACUGUGAGUCGAGUGUCCGCAUGACGAAGUAUGUGGUGCCGAAGAUGAAGGCGAAGCGCUGUGGUGCCAUCCUUAUGCUCGGCUCCGUCUCCGCCGUUACUCCUGCCCCGCUUCUGUGCACGUACGCAGGAACGAAGGCCUUCAACCUGUCUUUUGGCUCUGGUCUCUACUACGAAUUGAAGGAUUUUGGAAUUGAUGUUCUUGCAGUGUCGCCAAACAUGGUGGUGAGUAAGAUGACCCAAGGUCUUAGCUCCCGCAAGCCACGUGAGACCUUCAUGAUGGUGAACGCUGACAGCAUGGCGCAUCAGACGCUUGACAAGCUGGGAUCUGUGCCUCAGACUCCCGGUCACCGCAAUCACGCCGUUCUGGAGGCAAUCGUGAGGGCACUACCCACCGAUUUUGUGUCGAACAAAAUCUUGGAGACGCAUAAGUCUAUCAAGGGUAAGGCUGAGCGAAAACGCGAAUAG